AAUAUUGCCUUCAAAGUCGCAUCUUGUAGUGGAAGAAUACAGUAAAACCUUUACUGGUAUUAGAGUUGGUUGGUGGACAUAAAAAAUCACCAUGACUAAAGUUACAUUGGUCCUUCUGGUUAUAGGACUGAUUGUCGUAGUCUCUAUUCUUAAAGCUGAUGCCCAGAAGAAGACUACAAAGGUUGAAAAAUCAGGAUGGCAAUCGACUGGUGACGGACGAAGAAGGAGACGAGUGAAAAAAACCACCACAACAACAUCAAGUGGUAGAAGGUCUGGCGGUAGAAGGUCCGGUGGUGGAAGUAGACAGUCAACUAAGACGACUAAGUCAGAAUGGCAGUCUACUGGUGAUGGUCGAAGGAGGCGACGAGUUAAAAAAGUUACAACCACAAGAAAUUCUGGUAGCUCCAGAUCUGGUGGUUGGCGUAAGGGAAGAAAAGGCCGAAAGGGUAGAAAGGGCCGAAAGGGCCGAAAGGGUCGAAAAGGAAGAAAAGCCAGGAAAGGAAGAAAAGGAAGAAAAGGUAGAAAGGCAGAAAGAUCUGGAAGACGAUCCUCCAGAAACAGUUCUGUUGAGUAUGAAUACGAAUGGGAAACUUCAGGUCGAAGCUCAGGAGGAAGAAAGGGAAGGAAAGGUCGAAAGGGACGAAAAGGAAGAAAGGCAAGGAAAGGUCGAAAAGGCAGAAAGGGACGAAAAGGCAGAAAAGGCAGAAAGGGUCGAAAAGGUCGAAAGGCUAGGAAAGGCAGAAAAGGCAGAAAAGCAGGGAGAUCUGGAAGACAAUCUUCCAGAAGCAGUUCUGUUGAGUAUGAAUACGAAUGGGAAACUUCAGGUCGAAGAUCAGGAGGAAGAAAGGGAAGGAAAGGUCGAAAAGGACGAAAAGGAAGGAAGGCAAGGAAAGGUCGAAAGGGACGAAAAGCUAGAAAAGGCAGAAAGGGCCGAAAGGGAAGAAAGGCAAGGAAAGGUCGAAAGGGACGAAAAGCUAGAAAAGGCAGAAAGGGCCGAAAGGGAAGAAAGGCAAGGAAAGGUCGAAAAGGCAGAAAGGCCAGAAAAGGCCGAAAAGGUAGAAAGAUUAGGAAGGGACGAAAAGGCCGAAAAGGAAGGAAAGGUAGAAAAGGCCGAAGAGGCCGAAAGGGUCGAAAAGGAAGAAAGGCAAGGAAAGGCAGAAAAGGUAGAAAGGCAAGGAAAUCAGGAGGACGAUCUUCUAGCAGUAGUUCUGUUGAGUAUGAAUAUGAAUGGGAAUAUGCAGGUGGUAGAUCAGGAGGCAGAAAGGCUCGAAAAGGCCGAAAGGGACGAAAAGGUCGAAAAGGCAGAAAGGCUCGAAAAGGACGAAAGGGCAGAAAGAAUAGAAAAGAAAGAAAGGCAAGGAAAGGUCGAAAGGGUCGAAAAGGAAGAAAAGGCCGAAAGGGAAGAAAAGGCAGAAAAGGCAGGAAGGGCCGAAAAGUUUCCAGGAAAAAUCGAAAUUCCGGAGCCCGCCGAAGUGGAAGAAAUUCAAGUCGAUCUACAACAGUUGAAUAUGAGUGGGAAUAUGUAGAUGAUUCUGGUAGAAGAAGGAGAAACCGAAAAGGCAGAAAGGGUCGAAAAGGCAGGAAGGCUCGAAAAGGAAGAAAGGGUCGAAAAGGCAGGAAGGCUCGAAAAGGCAGAAAGGGUAGAAAAGGAAGAAAGGCUCGAAAAGGCAGAAAGGGCCGAAAAGGCAGAAAGGCUCGAAAAGGCAGAAAGGGUCGAAAAGGCAGAAAGGGUAGAAAAGGCAGGAAGGCUCGAAAAGGCAGAAAGGGUAGAAAAGGAAGAAAGGCUCGAAAAGGCAGAAAGGGCCGAAAAGGCAGGAAGGCUCGAAAAGGCAGAAAGGGCCGAAAGGGUAGAAAAGGAAGAAAAGCUCGAAGAGGCAGAAAGGGCCGAAAAGGCAGAAAGGGUCGAAAAGGCAGAAAGGCCCGAAAAGGAAGAAAGGGUAGAAAGGGCCGAAAAGGUAGAAAGGGUCGAAAAGGCAGGAGGGGUCGAAGCGGAAGGAAGGUUUCCAGGAAAAAUCGAAGAUCUGGAGCCAGCCGACGUAAUGGAAGAAACUCAAGAACAACUGUUGAAUAUGAAUGGGAAUAUGUAGAUGAUUCUGGUAGAAGAAGGGGAAAAGGUAAAGGCAGAAAGGGCCGAAAGGGUAGAAAAAUAAGGAAAAAGAGGAAGAGCAGAAAACCAAGAAGGAAAGGACGAAGAGGACGAAAACCUAGAAGGGGAAAAAAAGGCAGAAAGCCAAGAAAGGGGAGAAAAGGCAGAAAAGGCAGAAAAGGACGAAAGCCAAGAAAGGGACGAAAAGGACGAAAGCCAAGAAGAGGAAGAAAAGGCAGAAAAGGACGAAAAGGCAGAAAACCUAGAAGAGGAAGAAAAGGACGAAAAGGACGAAAACCAAGAAAAGGAAGAAAAGGAAGAAAAGGAAGAAAAGGCAGAAAAGGCAGAAAAGGGCGAAAGCCAAGAAGGGGAAGAAAAGGCAGAAAAGGACGAAAGCCAAGAAGAGGAAGAAAAGGACGAAAGCCAAGAAGAGGAAGAAAAGGAAGAAAAGGAAGAAAAGGACGAAAGCCAAGAAGGGGAAGAAAAGGCAGAAAAGGACGAAAGCCAAGAAGAGGAAGAAAAGGAAGAAAAGGACGAAAGCCUAGAAGAGGAAGAAAAGGCAGAAAAGGAAGAAAGCCAAGAAAAG